AAUCCCGACUAUGUGCAGUCAGAUAUUCUAGCCGUGCGCUGACGAGGCGUCCUGUCUGCGGAACAGCGCAACACAACUCAGGCAGCUGGUUGGGAUUUUUGGUGGAUAGAUUUUCUCACGACAAAGAUGCAGCAGGCUCCGUGCAAUCCUCCCUUUAGUUAAAAAGUUGACAAAUCUGUAAUGCGAACGCGGACCUCUCAACUGGGAGAAGACCUGCAUGUGACGGCUGCAGCAUAGCCCAGUGAGAUGGAUGCUGAGAUGGGGAGUGUGUUCCUCUCCGGGGGGGGGCCGGAGGAGGCUGAUGGGGGCCGGGCCUCUUGGAGUCUGGAGACGUCGUUCCCCUGCUCCGACGUCCUCUUCGCCAACCCGGAGAAGCCCCUGCAGGACUGGCUGGUAGACCCCAGCUGUGCGGGCCAACCGCAGGACAGCGACUCUGAGUCGGACGUCCUGCGGGCCAUCGACCCCAACAUGGUGUUCCCCAGUGGCACGGCCGGGGGGGACCCCACCUCCGAGAGCGACAGCGGCAUCUCCGAGGACCCCCCGCCCGUCCCGGCACCCCCCACGGUGUACCAGGUGGUGUACGACGUCAGCGGCCUGGGGAAGGUGGCCGAGGCCCCGCCGGAGGAGGGCGUGAUCUCCAUCGAGCUCGACGAGUGGAGCUCCCGCAUGCUGUUCGCCGACUCCUGCGUGGUGAAUGAGCUUCCUGUGAUGUCAUCGUCCCAGCUGGAGGGCCGAUACUCGGCCCCCACCCCCACCGACUCCCAAGCCAACCCCACGACCGGAGACUUCAUGCGGUUUGCAGACCUCCGGCUGACUGAGGAGGAACAGAGGCUGCUGAACCAGGAAGGAAUCGCUCUCCCCAACAACCUGCCUCUUACCAAGGCGGAGGAGCGGAUCCUGAAGAAGGUUAGGAGGAAGAUCCGUAACAAGCAGUCAGCGCAGGACAGCCGGCGCCGCAGGAAGGAGUACAUCGACGGGCUGGAGGGCAGGGCGGCGGCGUGCUCAGCUCAGAACAAGGACCUCCAGCGGACGGUGGACCACCUGGAGAAACACAACAGGUCUCUGAUGGCCCAGCUGCGUCGGCUCCAGUCUCUGAUCAAACAGACGGUCAGUAAGGGGGCCCAGACCAGCACCUGUAUCCUGAUCAUCCUGUUCUCCCUGGGUCUGAUCAUCCUGCCCAGUCUCAGCCCAUUCAGCCGGACUUCCAUCUCACAGGAAGAGUACCAGCCAACAGGAGUCAUUUCCAGAAACAUCCUAACAGACCCCGCCUCCUCCGUGCCAACACCAGACGACGCAGGCAGCUCCGUCGUCCAAUCAGAUCCCUUACCCCCCGACGUCAGCGAAUCAGGACCUCCCGACGACGACACGAAAGCCAAACCGGAAGUCACGAUCCAGCCUGAACUCCCAGCGUCUGAGAAUGCGGUCCAAGACGACGGCCAAUCAGGGAACACUUCAGCGGUGGUUGCCAGGCGGACGGACCCUCCGGCCAUGAAACCCAAAGACGAAGCUGGAAGUCUUGACGUCGGCAAACCGGCGCACGCGGACGAGAUGUAAACGCCUAGCAUGUUAGCUUAGCAUAGCAGCUCAAUCUCUUAACAUCUGUAAUCGUUAACAUUUUGCUCACGCUGCAGAGACUCGCCUGAGGAACCCGUUUGGUAACUGUGACGGUAGUUACGGAACCUGAAUCACCUUCUCUCACCAAACUAACCCAGAGGUCACCAGAGGAGUCCCCCAGUAAGACGCUUUGUCUCUGGAGCCCAGAACUGGUUGUCUCAAGGUGUGGCUCCCAGAACUCUUCCCCAAACCAUCUAUUAGCUUUCACCCGGAUCUCAAAACGGAAGACCUGUUCCUCUGGUUGGACCAGACGAGCAACCAGUUGAAGUCCUGUUUCUCUGAUGCUCCCUGGUGGCUUGGGAACUACAGGGGAGACAACAGAGUAGAGCAGAGUAGAGCAGAGUGGAGGUGACACCAGCAGCAGAAGGCCUGAAGCCACCCAGAUAUACCAGACAGAUUUGAAUCAGGCGUUUUAAAGAGCCUCUAAUUCACCACAAGAGACUGACAUCACAGAGGGAGUGUUGUAUGAUGUACGUUUGGGAAAUGCUCUUGAGCAGCAACCUCCAGGGACAAAUCUAGGAUACAAUUAUUUUUUUAUCUACAUGCGAGUCAUGCAUACAAAUGGCUAUAUGGCAUCACCUAUAGUCUCCAAAUCAUAGACCAUCCAAAAAAAAAGCAAACGUGGUUGAUGGCCAUUUUACGCAAGCAACACUAUUUCCAGAAGUAAGAGGCAUAAAUAUUUAGUUGCACAAAAUAUUUUUUUACUUGAGUAAGUACUUGAGGUACUCUCCGCCCAAAGGCAAAGAACACACUCUGCCUUAUAAUAUUCAACCCUCCAGCCCAGAUUAACUAAUUCGAUCAAAUGUUUAUAUGGCUGAGAUCAGCUCGCUCCGAUGUUUUGAUUGGACCACACUUAGCUUCCAGUGUCUGUCUCAGUGGUCGGUCAACACAACCUUCACAGCCACGAUGGGGCACUUGUUAACGAUUGAUAUGGUUCAUUUGUCUGACAUACAAACCCACUCAUCCCCCAUCUCAUCACCAGGUCUGAUGUUGAUGAGCUGUUACGAGCCAACUAGCUUCUGGUGAAAUAACCCAUGUUUACCAGAUAUAUGAUAGAUCACACUGCCGGCGUGUGAUCUACCAGUGGACUGACCCAGUGGUAGGCUGAUCUGUCUGUCAUAUUUCUGGGCGGGGAAGUCGUGUGAUGUCACAGGGGGGGGGAAUUGUGAAAUGGCUUGUUUGGCUAAUCAGCGUCACAUCUGGUGGAACAAUAGGGGAACUGUAAAUUAAUUGUUUGUGAUGUUAUUGUGAAAUUGAAGACUAAAAACAAGAAUUGCAUCACAGAGUCAACUGGCAACUUUGAAUAUGUAUGGUUCUGCGCCGAGUUGUCUCACUGGUACAAUUAUUUCUCGAAUUUUGACCAAACAGAUUUUUAUGCACUUGUUUGGAGAUUCUUUGUUUGAACAAUGGGGCAACUUGCCCUUUGGGGUAUCUGAUGUCGACAUGGAUGGAGACCUCGUUUUGGUAGAGCUGGGAGGGUGGUCCCAAAAUGUAUUUUCUGGCGUCACUAUUUCAACAGGAAAGGUUCCUGAGUAACACACGCUAUUACUGCAGCCUCAUGCUAGCUCUACGCCUUGGUUUAUUUAAAGGGAAGUAAAACGUGUAGGGAAGCCAACCAAAUAACCAAAAUUGUCUUUUUUCUGUUAAAGUGCCUGUUAAAGUUGUUAUUUUCAACACAUUGGAAGUAAAAUCAUCUUCCCUUUUUCUUAUAAUUUAUUUUUAGUUCCAUGAUGGUGGCAAUAACCAAAGUUAAGAGCUUGAAAGAUGAUUUUAGACUUUUGUUGUCUUUAUUAUAUUGUUUACAAGUGAAAUAUAUUGUUUUUAUGUACGAUCUGAAUAUUUGUGGAUGCCUUUCUGAGCUGCCAACCUCCAAGUGAAUAAAAGAUAACGAACAGUGA